CUCUCUCACCAAACACACAGACAUAUCGUCAUCUCUUGUUUUUCUGUCAAUCUAGUUGGCUUUUCUUCGUUGAUUGUGAAAAUGACAAUGGAGGAGACCCAGGUGGCGGCUGUGGCGGAGGAGGUCGUGGCGGUUGAGGAGCCGGUGAAGGAUGCCGAACAGAAGCCGGAGAAAGUUGAGAAGAGCGCUUCUUAUAAAGAGGAGAGCAACUAUCUGUCGGAUCUCAACGAGUUUGAGAAGAAGGCGUUGGUCGACCUGAAGGCGAAACUCGAAGAAGCGAUCUUGGGGAACAAUAUCUUCAAGAAAGAUGAGCCCAAGAAGGUUGAGGAGGAGAAGGAGAAGAAAACAGAGUCUGUUAAAACAGAGGAAACAGAGCCUACUAUUAAAACAGAGGAAACAGAGUCUGCUGAGAAAACAGAGGAAGUAGAGAAGGCAGCGAAAUUGGAUGAGGUGAAGGAAGAGGUAGCAGCUCUGGUCUGUGAGGAAGAAGUGAAACCAGAAUGCAGCGAAGUUGUUGACAUUGAUAUCUCAAUCUGGGGUGUGCCGCUGUUGCCUAGCAAGGGGUCUGAGGGGACUGAUGUGGUGCUCUUGAAAUUCCUGAGGGCUAGGGAGUUUAAGGUGAACGAGGCGUUCGAGAUGUUGAAGAAGACUCUGCAGUGGAGGAAGGAGUCCAAAAUUGAUUCUGUUUUGGAGGAGGAGAUCUGUUCUGAUUUGAGCUCGGCUGCUUACUUAAAUGGAGUCGAUCGCGAAGGUCACCCUGUUUGCUACAACAUCUUUGGAGUGUUUGACAAUGAAGAGCUUUACCAGAAGACGUUUGGGAAUGCAGAGAAGAGAGGACAGUUCUUGAGGUGGAGAGUUCAGCUGAUGGAGAAGAGUAUUCAGAAGCUUGAGUUGAGGCCUAGUGGUGCUACUUCUCUGCUUCAGAUCAAUGACCUCAAGAACUCGCCUGGACCGAUCAAGAAGGAGCUUAGGGUUGCAACAAAGCAAGCUGUUGGGCUCUUGCAGGACAAUUACCCUGAAUUGGUCGCCAAAAAUAUUGUCAUCAAUGUUCCAUUCUGGUACUAUGCACUCAAUGCUCUAUUGUCCCCUUUCUUGACUCAACGAACCAAGAGCAAGUUUGUGGUGGCUCGACCUGCUAAGGUCACUGAGACCCUUCUCCAGUACAUUCCAGCUGAGGAGAUACCGGUUCAGUAUGGUGGCUUCAAGAGAGAAAAUGACACCGAGUUCUUCUCCACAGAAGAUGGUUCGGUUUCUGAGCUGACUCUCAAGGCAGGAUCAACCCAAACCAUAGAGAUCGAUGUAGCUGAGGUUGACAGUAGCACAUUGGUUUGGGAUGUGAAUGUGUUGGGAUGGGAAGUGAAUUACACAGAGGAGUUUGUGCCUAGUGAUGAAGGGUCAUACACCAUUAUUGUUCAGAAGAAGAAGAAGAUUGGAGCUAAUGAAGGUCCCAUUCGCAACACAUUCAGAAGCAAUGAGCCUGGAAAGGUUGUCCUGACGAUUGAAAACACUUCAAGCAAGAAGAAGAGGGUUCUGUAUCGGCACAAGACCAACAAGUGCUUGUGAGGGUUGUUGAGCUGAUGUAAUUGAUUGAGCAGAGGGUUGAGAAAGGACAUAGUGGGGGAGCAUUAUAUACAUAUGAUUAGAAUUGAUUCUUUUGCAGAUUGGGAACAAUAAGUGAGUGUGUGAGAAGAUAGAGAAAUUGAUAGUUCAUUCUUUUGCAGAAUCACUAUGGUCCUGUGCUCAAUAUGUUUGUGAAGUGUAUCAUUUCCUUUUAGUUUGGGAAUUUCCACCCUGCUGACUUUGAGAGUGAAAUAUAUUAUUGGUUUAUUCAUU